AUGUCUGCCAAUUCUGGAAAUGGCGGCGUGAGAAACCUUCGAGCUAUGUUCGAGAACAAAGCGACCGACCAAGCCUCAUCUCCCCCCAGUCGAGGUCGAUCCCCCAAUCCUUCUGAAUUUUCGAACGGCAGUAGACCGGUCAGCAAAGUCAGGGCGAGCUUCGUCGCAGUCGAGAGGCCUGGCGAGAACGGUUCCGCCCCCAUACUGGGCCUGCGGAGAACAAGUGACCUGAGCAACAGAGACGAGAACAAAGAAAAUUCUUCGAUAGCAGCCUUAUCUCCCGAGCGACGACCUCUCGCAAGGGAAAUGUCCUCAUUCGACGGUUCUCGGAAGGAAGGACAAUAUCCCAAUGGAUCGACGCAGGGAGGAUUGGGAGAUAUUUUGAAAGGAUCAGCAUUCGCCGACAAUGGGUUACCAAAAGAUAAAUCGGAUAACAGGGACGCAACCAAACUCGUCUCUGGACCUCAGACAAUAAAGAAGUCGGUUGAAGCAUCUUCUCAACCCAAGGACGCGACAAAGACUACAGGACUGGGCUCCGGGGCUCAGAGCAAUGGGAAAAUGUCCGGGUCAGCCCCGAAGAACGUACAGCCCGCAAAACCAACACAAUCUACCAAACCACCACCUGUGAAACAGAUUGUGACCAAGCCUCCACCAAGCACAAAGUCGAAUCCUGCUUCUCAGUCACCUCUGACUUCCAAACCAUCGCCUAAAACACCCACUUCGCCCAUAGCGCACAUAAGAGGAGGGCCUGCGAAAAUCAAGGGUGUCAUGGAAUCCGCGAAGAGAGCACAAGAGGCCAGAGAGGCUGCAGAGCAGAAAUCAGCGAAGACAAGUAAGCCACAAUCUACAGUACCGGCCGCCAGGUCGAAUCUACAAGCGAAGCAGAGCAGCCAGCCCAUAAAGAAGGACCCGGCAUCCACUUCGCCAAAAGUUCCCAAGUCUCCCAGAACGAUGCGACCGAAAUCGCCAACAAGGCCUGCAAGACUUCCAGCUGCAGCAACAGCUCCAACAGCGGCAUCGGCGGCCAAACAUGACGCACAGCAUUCACCAACAGAAACCGCUCCUCGCAAGUCUAUCACGAAAAGAGCUUCUACAACCUCCAUGAAACCGCCUCGAGCUAGUAUGCCGUCUUCGACGGGCCCCGGAAUACUUGCAAAGAAGACAUCACGUGCAUCUCUCGCCAAUGGUCAUGGUCACGGUCAUGGGCAUGAAAGACCCACCUCUCGAGUGAGCACAAGCAGGGCCGAUGAUGGAUUUCUCGCGAGGAUGAUGAGACCAACGGCGAGUAGUGCUCAAAAGGUUCACGACAAAGUUCAAGUCAACAGCCCACCUCGAUCGAAAGCGGCGUCUUCCCACAAGCACAAGGAUGCAUCGAAACAGAAGAUUCCAACGCCAAAGAUGCAUCGAGAAGUAGCCGAGCACGGAGCAGGGGAAACCAAAGAUGAUGCGCCAGUUGAGGAGGAGCAUUCGCAUGAAGUCGCUGGUCAUUCGACUCUACAAGUCGUCGAAGAGGAUACUCAGCCGUCGAAUGCCGAGGCCGCAGCAACUAAGCCUGACGAUGAGCCCACAGAAACAGAAGCCGUGCCACCAGCUGCAGAGCCCAUUUCUGACGAGGCCAACUCAGAUCUACCUAUCUCUUUGGAGCCAUCAAGUUCCGAUGCCCCUGGUCCCAUUUCUGAAGAGAUCCCAACAGCGCCUGAUGAAGUCAACGAAGUCGAGCCUGAGAAGACUGCUCUCAUCGAUGCGACCGAGACAAAGUCAACAAUCGCCUCCGAAGAUGCCGAGGCAAAGUCAGAUACCCCUGUGGGUGAAAUUGAGCCAAAGACUGCUGUGCCUACCGAGUCGGUAGAGCCAACAACUUCAACACCCGCUGAUGUACCGGAAUCGGUGACAGCUGCCACUUCUGCUGCAACUGAACCCGCCGACAAAGACAGUGGUGAUGUUUAG